CUCUGUGCUGGACGAGAGGUGAAAAUACAUGAUUGAUGAGGUCCUUGCAGACUCAAGCUGACCUGCAGUGCUCCGCGUCAUGCUCUAUAGCUCCUCCGCUUCUGCAGAAUGCUGAAGACUGCCUUCUCGCGGCGUGCUCUUCCGCUGCUCCAGCGCAGAUGGACCAGUCAAACCACUCAGCAACCGUUUCCCCCAGACAUCAACGAAUGGUCGCAUCCUCCAUCGAACGCGACUAUAUCAGAUGAAGAAAUAUACAGACUUGCAGCAAAGCCUCGUCGGCCUCUCACACUCGCGGAUCUGGUCAGACAUGGCAAGCCUCCAUUGCGAGAUGCUGCUCUUUUGGACUCGGCGAACUUUACGUUAUCACUCCUGCCCGCGCGCCUAGCUCAUCGGAUUCAAGCGCUUCGAAAUCUACCGUUCAUCGUUGUUGCGAAUCCUCAUGUCUCCAAGAUCUACAAUAACUACCUGCACUCCCUAUCCACCUUGGAGCCAUUCUACAAGAAGCCUAUAGAGACGAUAGAAGAAGAAAUGAAAUUCACAGACGUCAUGGCAGAUCUAGUCAGGACGCACUCCAAUACAAUCCCCACGCUAGCCCAAGGCUUCCUACAGUGUCGAAAGUACAUCGAACCAGCCGAGGUGACAACAUUCUUGGAUCAACACCUCCGUGCAAGAAUAGGAACCAGACUUGUCGCGGAACAACAUCUAGCACUCCAUAUGGCUUCGACUGGUGACGCAGCCACCCAGCCGCCUGAUUCGCACCACGUCGGGGUUAUUGACCUGGCAUUGCGACCGGCGGAUAUAGUAAGACAAUGCGAAGGAUUUGUGGGGGAAGUCUGUGAGCUGAAAUACGGUGUCCGGCCGUCGUUGGUGAUCAAUGGCGAGGUUGAUGCAGAGUUUGCUCACAUCCCCAUGCAUCUCGAAUAUAUCAUCACAGAGCUGCUCAAGAACGCCAUGAGAGCAACAAUUGAAUCUGGCAAAGAAGGUGAGCCCAUCGAAGUGACGAUCGCAUCGGCUCCGGAUGUGACGACGACCAAACUUGACUCGCUGAAGAAGCUUUCUGUGACCGAAGCGAACGCUUUCGAUUUCUCGCAAGAAGGUCUCGACGAAUACUGUUCUUCUCCAGAUGCGGAUAUCGGACCACUGAAUGCUGCUGCUCCUUGCAUCACUUUGAGGAUUCGAGACAGAGGUGGAGGGAUUCCGCCGGAGGCACUUGCAAACAUAUGGUCUUACAGCUUCACCACAUUCAACAAGGAUGAAGUCGAUGAAGCGAGCGAUGACACGGGAGGAAGUGCAGGUCUGAAUGCCAUUUCCCACAGUGGAACAGAUCAGAGCUCUAUUGCAGGCCUUGGAUACGGUCUGCCUUUGGGACGAGCUUACGCCGAGUAUUUUGGUGGAGCAAUUGCUGUUCAAAGUAUGUACGGUUGGGGCACGGACGUAUAUCUGACACUCCAGGGCAUCGGCAAGAUGGAAGAAACGAAGAAGGCUAAGACCGGAUUCGAGAAGCUGCAGGCCGAGAACGGCAACGAGUGAGAAGCCCGUCACCCUCGAUUAGGUGAAGACAGCAUGAAUCCUUCCUGCCGCACGAUCCGCCAGCCUCUCCUGCAUUACGACGCCAUACAUCUCCCUCACCCAGCGACACACAAUCUUUCUGGUAUCCUUGGGGUCCACAAUCUCCUCGACAUUGAACGGUUGAGCAGACCUCACCGGGUUCAUGAGUCGGAUAUAUUCGUCCUCAAGCUCCUUAUAUCGCUUUUUGACAGCCUCAGAACCAUGCUUUUCGCCGAUCUGCUUUAAUUCGUGACGAUGACCGACCUCAAUGCCUCCGUCGAGAGGCAGACUCCCCCAAUUCCCGCUUGGCCAGGCAAUUCUCAUCCACGGCUCGCGCGAGUCGAGCAUGAUACCUCCGGCGACUCCGUAGACACGGCGGGUGAUGACGGAGAAGAUAGGGGUGGUGGUUGAAUAAUAAGCCUUGCCGAGUUCGACACCCCACUUCAUCGUGGCAGAACGUUCGGCGACAGUGCCGAUGGCGUAUCCAGCUAGACAGAUAAUGAGUGUCACUACAGAGCAUACAGAGACCAAGAGUCUCGAAGAGAGGACAGGAGUAACUUACGAACGUCCACAAACUGCACAAUGGGCAAAUUGAACACAUCACAAAACUUGAUCAUCUUCAUCAACUUCUGGCUUCCCAACGCAUCCAGCGCGCCCGAAUUGACCUCGCAAUUCAAG